AUGCGGCGGGGGGAGGGAGCGCCGUGCUGCCGGCUGUACCUGGGCCGCAGGUUCCCUGGCUGGGAGCGCGUGCUUGCCUCAGGGGGCUGGCACCACAGGUUGGUGUGUGCUCGCUGUCUCGUGGUGGUUGGCGACGGCUACAGAGCCAAGUCUCGUGGUGGUGACGGUGCCCGGGAGCACACGUCCUCUGGUGGGAGCUCCCAGCUGCUGCGGUGGCUGGGACUCUGUCCUCCCUGGGUGGAUCCUGGUGCCAGGACGGAGUCUGGCACCGGGGGCUUUGUGGAGGUAGAUGCCAACGGCAGCCGAAUCGCAGGGAGCGUGUUCCUGUGUCAGGCAGGGUUGGGCAGGCUUGUGGCCAUGCCCGCAGGCGGGCGUGCUACGCUGUGUGCCGCACUGGAGCCGGGGGACGAGGAGGCGAGCCUACAGGGACUGCUGGACUCAGGUGUCGGAGCACUGCCUGCCCGGGGCUUCUCCCCCUGCCGUGCGGCCAGACUCCUCCUGCAGGCCGGGUCUCCUCUGCUGCAGACCGAGCCGCUGCCGCCGCCGCCAGAGGAGGCCCGCAGGGACGGGGCCGAGGACGCCCAGUGGUCCAGGCCCGAAUGCCAGGUGUGGACAGGGACGCUGCUGCUGGGCACAUGCCUGCUGUACUGUGCCCGCGUCAGCAUGCCCGUGUGCACCGUCUCCAUGAGCCAGGACUUUGGCUGGAACAAGAAGGAGGCCGGCAUCGUGCUCAGCAGCUUCUUCUGGGGCUACUGCCUGACGCAGGUGGUGGGCGGCCACCUGGGGGACCGGAUCGGUGGUGAGAAGGUCAUCCUGCUGUCCGCCUCCGCCUGGGGCAUUAUCACCGCCGCCACCCCACUGCUCGCCCAGCUCAGCAGCGCCCACCUGUUCUUCAUGACCUUCUCUCGCAUCCUCACGGGUUUGCUCCAAGGCGUGUACUUCCCGGCACUGACCAGCCUGCUGUCCCAGAAGGUACGAGAGAGCGAGCGAGCCUUCACCUACAGUGCCGUGGGGGCUGGCUCCCAGUUCGGGACACUGGUGACAGGGGCAGUGGGCUCCCUGCUCCUGGACUGGUAUGGCUGGCCGAGUGUCUUCUACUUCUCCGGCGGGCUCACCCUGCUGUGGGUGUGUUACGUGUACAGGUACCUGCUGAGUGAACAAGAUCUCAUCCUGGCCUUGGGUGUCUUGGCGCAAGGUGUGCCAGUGUCCAGGCACACCAAAGUUCCCUGGAGACAGCUUUUCCGAAAGCCUUCCGUCUGGGCGGCCAUCUCCUCCCAGCUGUCCUCUGCGUGCUCCUUCUUCAUCCUCCUCUCCUGGCUGCCCACCUUCUUUGAGGAGACAUUCCCCAGCUCCAAGGGUUGGGUCUUCAACGUGGUGCCCUGGCUGGUGGCGAUUCCCGCCAGUCUGUUCAGCGGGUUUCUCUCUGACCAUCUUAUCAAUCAGGGUUACAGGACCAUCGCUGUGCGGAAGUUCAUGCAGGUGAUGGGCCUCGGGCUGUCCAGCGUCUUUGCUCUGUGUUUGGGUCACACCUCGAGCUUCUGUAAAUCCGUGGUCUUUGCAUCAGCAUCCAUUGGCCUGCAGACCUUCAACCACAGCGGCAUUUCGGUCAACAUCCAGGACCUGGCCCCAUCCUGUGCCGGCUUUCUGUUUGGUGUGGCAAACACAGCUGGGGCCUUGGCAGGUGUCGUGGGCGUGUGCCUGGGGGGCUACCUCAUCGAGACCACAGGCUCCUGGACGUCCAUGUUCAACCUGGUGGCUGCCGUCAGCAGCCUGGGGCUGUGCACCUUCCUGCUAUUUGGAGAGGCCCAGCGAGUGGACCUGAGCCCCACCCACGAGGACCUCUAG